AUGGGGUAUGACCGAAAAUUAUUUGUCAUUGAACCUGAAGGGUUCUUAAAAAACCUCUCACCAUUACCGGCAUACUACCAAGAGACUCUUAAAACCUGGAGCAUGGUCUCCGUGUUAAGGGAAAGAGUUAUUCAAGGGGAGGACAUUCUAACUGAGCCCUUACUUUACAAUCCGUCUUUAAAGACUAGGAUGUUAAAAUCCACCAGCAUCCGCCGCCGCCUUUGCCGGGCUCAGUUAACUAGAGUUGGGAAUCUCCUGGAUUUUGAGAGAAUAGAUUGGGUGCAAACUCAGGAAGUUAUGCAGCGCAUGGAAUUGCGCACCACCAGAGUUCCAAACCGUUUAAUCAAGGAGAUCAAGGACACUAUCUCCUCUGGCUCUCACACCUUUAUUAAUGAGGUUUUACAUGCUGUAGAGCCAGAUUCCUCUUGGAAUGCCCCACCUCCAGCCAUAAAAAUAGCACCUAAGAUCCGUCAAUCCCCUCAGGCUGCUCCUUCUCCCAACCUGAGCCAGUUGGAGAAUUUUACCUUGACACGCUUUUGUGACAUGCCAAGAAAACUACUGUACUCUCUCAUGCUUCACACUGUACACUUCCUUGCCCUCGUCUCCCGCUAUGAUACCAUCUGGAGGCGGAUACAGUGCGAGAGGAACCCCCCAUUCUUGGUGUUGUUGGUGACCACAACCCACAGUCAAAAGGAGGAGCGGAACGUUAUCCGGCAGACUUGGGGCAAGGAAAGACUAAUUGGGGAUAAACUCGUUUCCACCUAUUUCCUUCUGGGCGCCGGCACAAACCCACGCCUGCAAGAGGAACUCACUGGAGAAAGCAACACUUACAAUGACAUUAUUCAGAGAGACUUCAUAGACACAUAUUACAAUCUGACCCUCAAAACCAUAAUGGGGAUCGAAUGGAUUUGCACUCAUUGCCCACAAACUACAUUUGUGAUGAAAACAGACACAGAUAUGUUUGUUAAUCCAUUGUACCUCGUGGAGCUGCUUGUAAAGAAGAAUCAAACAACCAACCUCUUUACUGGUUCCCUCAAACCACAUGAUGCACCCGUACGGGAUAUAAACAGCAAGUGGUACAUAAGCACAACAGAAUAUCCACUGGCUAAAUACCCGCCAUUUUGCUCAGGGACUGGAUACGCCUUUUCUGUAGACGUUGCACAAAGGAUCCAGAAUGUCUCCGGAUCAGUCCCAUUUUUUAAACUGGAGGACGUCUAUGUAGGGAUGUGUCUGGAGAAGCUGGAAAUCAACUUGGAGAAUCUUCAUACUGAGCCAACCUUUUUUCCAUAUAAAAUACCUUUUAAUAUCUGUAAAUAUCGGAAACUGGUCACUUCGCAUGGCGUCCGACCACGUGAACUUUACCUUUUCUGGGAAGCCCUGCGAAGGUCGAGAGCUGUACAGUGCUGAUUGGGUCCUUCAGUUGCCUGUCCUACUUCCAGGACCAUUUUAUAUAAGUGGGCAAAACGGGCAUUUGCCCAGGGACCACCAGGAUAAGGGGAUAACUUUUGGCAGAAGCAUCAGACACUUCAUUUUAAUCAACCAGAAGAGCUUUGCAGUAUGGGCAUUUGAAUUUUUUUGCCUUUUUUAUGGCAUCAAAGUUUCAUUAUAUUUCUGCUCCCAGAGCUGUUGGUCCAUGGCGGCACACCUAAGUAUCAGGCCUUCUUCAGUAACCACAGACCAUCUCUUC